CUAUUCAGAUAAUUACAAUAUAAUACCAAAUAUUUUAAAUUGAAAACACACGAUGUUAUCACCACAUUCGACUGUGUAACUGGAAAUGGAGGAAAACAUUAUUUUUGAGAAAUAAAAUUUAAUUUUCUUUGGUCAAACUUUUGUAAAAAAAGAUAAUUCAUCAUAUUAUUCUUUGUUAAAGCAACAGGCAAAGAAAAUACCAAAGAAAAAAAAAUUUAAAAACAUUUACACGUUUAGUUCAAUGUUACCCGCAAAUUCAAAGUUACCCAGAAUGACUGUAUAGUUUUUGUUUUGUUUUUGAAGAUUUUUUAAUUCAGUGUUCCGAGUUACAUCAUUAACUUAUGAUAAUUAUGCGAAACUAUUUACGGCUGUCAUGUUGGUUCACAAACAAAUAAACAAAGCAUAGUCAUGUCUUUAGCCAAAAGCAAAUAUUUUACUUGUCUUUCUGUUGAAAGCAAGCAACGAUAUCUUCAUAAAAUUUCUCAAAUAAAUAAUUUAGAUCCUUACAGUUUAGUGCAAUCUGACUUGGUUUUUUCAGUAGAUUUUUAUCCUAAAAUAGGUUACCCUGAUAUUGUAAGUUAUUUAAUGUUUGCUCCAUCUCCUAUAUCCGCUAAUGAACUUAAGUGCUAUAAAAGUUUGGAGUCAUAUAAUUUUUUCCUCUCUGGUUGGGUCAAGGAAAUCGGUUUAAAGUUAUUUGAUGAAAAAUGUUUGGUUAUUGGAAAGGUUUAUCAUUCUCAAAAGCAUAAAGAAACGGCAGCUUCAACAUGGAUUAUUUCUGAAAUGGAUGGUAAAGUAAUAUAUGCUCAUUGUAACUGCAUGGCUGGUCUCGGAGAGGCAUGUUCUCACAUUGGAGCAGUUUUAUUUUAUAUUGAUGCUGCUGUCAGAAUUCGUGAUUCUAAGACAGUUACAGAAAAAAAAGCAUAUUGGAUGCUUCCAUCUUCAAUCAAAGAUAUUCCAUAUGCAGAAUGCAUUGAUAUAGAUUUUACCUCCCCAAAUACUUUAAAACGAAAAUUUGAUGAAGAAAUAUUAAACGAAUCUACCUGUAGUGGAUUUCUAAAUGAUAAAAAAAGCGAUGCAUUAUCAAGUAGUUAUAAUUGCACUCCUCCAACUCAGAAUGAACUUGAUGCAUUUUUCAAUGAUCUGAGCCUCUGCAAGUCAAAGCCAGCUAUUUUGUCGAUUAUAUCCCCUUACAGUGUAGAUUACCAACCCUCAUCGUUAAAAUUGCAAUUUCCAAAAAUGUUGGGGGAACUUUAUGAUUCUUCAGCUUUAUCUCUUAGUUACCUAGAUUUAUGUAAACAAUGUGAAACUUUAAGUUUGUCUGUAUCGGAGGUUGAGCAGUUUAAUGUUGAGAAAGCUACAAGAGAGCAAGUUUUUUCAAAAAAAUGGUUUUAUUUUCGAGCAGGGAGAAUUACAGCAUCAAACAUGUAUAGUGUAUUACACACGCUUGAAGCCAUGCCUGCCUUAUCAUUAAUUAAAAAAAUUUGUUACCCUGAAAGUUACAAAGUUAGUUCAUGUCAAACUAAAUGGGGAAUAGACAAUGAAAAGAUUGCUUUAGCAAAAUAUUUUGAUAUUGUAAAACAUCAUCAUGUUAAUUUCAAAAUUAUAAAGUGUGGUUUUUUUAUAUCGACAGAGUAUCCUUUCAUAGGUGCUUCUCUAGAUGCUUUAAUAUCUUGUGAAUGCUGUGGUGAAGGAUGUGUUGAAAUUAAAAAUCCUGCUAACCAUAAAGACAAUUUUAUAUUAGAAGCUAUUGGUAAAGAUAAGACAUUUUGUAUACAAAUAAUGAACACUGAAAAAAAGCUUAAACAAACACACCCAUAUUACUUUCAAAUUCAAACUCAGUUGCAUACAUGUAAAAAAAAGUUUUGUGAUUUUUUUGUAAAUACAUCUAAAGAUUAUCACUUAGAAAGAGUUUAUCCAGAUAAUUCUAUAUGGACAGCCUGCGUUACUAAGUGUCAGCAAGUAUUUAGCAGUUCUAUCUUGCCAGAAUUAGUUGGUAAAUUUUUUACAAGAGAUACCAAAAAUAUGGAUUUUGACUUUAUUGAUGAUCACAGUUUAUAUUGUUAUUGUAAUGGCAAUGAAAAUGGUGAGUUAUUUCCUUGUGCAGGAAAGAGUUGCAAAAUUAAACUUUUUCACUUGGUAUGCCUAAAAUUGAAUAAUAAACCAAAAAAGAAUUGGCUGUGUCCUGAUUGUCAUAAAAAAUAUAUUUAGUAUCUAAAUGUGAGCAUCGAUUUAAAUACUUGUAAUAAAAUACUUUAUUUACUUAUUUUAAAUUUUUUUUAUAUGAUGUUUCAGUCUGAUUAACUCAGACGAUCAUCAAGCGUAAUAAUUUAUAAAUAAAAAAAUAAUUUUUUUAAUUUUAUGUCUGAUGAUGGUAUGAACUAAUUAGUCUGAAAUAUUACGUGAAUAAAUUAAAAAUUAGUACUUA